AUGGAUUUUGAAGGUGGGAUUGGCAAUAGAGAUUCUAGCUCAAAUAGUCGGAGGGUUUGGACAUUUGAGGAAGAAUCAGCUUUAGUAAAUGGGCUAAAAGACAUUGUUGCACGUGGUUGGAGGUGCGAUAAUGGAUUUCGGUCGGGAUAUGGUGGGUUACUAGAGCAACACAUGAAAAAAGUGUUUCCGAACACAGACAUCAAGGCCGAACCACAUAUUUCUUCUAAGAUAAAAGUCUGGAAGAAGAAUUACGGUUCCUUGUGCGACAUGAUGGGUAAGUCUGGUUUUAGUUUAACCGAAACUGGGGCGCUUGACGUGAGGGAUGAUGACGUAUGGAGGGAAUACAUAAAGAUCAGUUAUUGCUAUGCAUUGAAUAAUUUUUUUCCAACGUAUAUCGACCCCAACGCAAAACCGAUGAGGUACAAGUUAUGGCCAUUUUAUGCAGAUUGGUGUGACAUAUUCGGAAAGGACAGGGCAACUGGUGAGCAGGCUAUGGGAUUUGUGGAUGCGGUAAACGGUGUUUUUAACAUGCCUUCGUCCCCGACUACUCCAAAUGUGCCUAGAAGAUCAGAAACCAACAAUAAUACUUUUCCACCGGAAGUACAUAUGCAGGAGGAGUCAAAUGUGCAUGUUGGGGAGUGUAGUGCGUCUGGCAGGGAGAAUAGGUCUAGAAAAAAGAAAAAAGUCGUGGAGGAAGACAAUCAGUUCGUGGGGAUGUUGUCGUCAUUCUGCAAGGAGACUGCAAAGAACAUAUCGGACAUGGUGGUGAGGGUCGGUCAUGCCCACGAUGCGACCGAAAGACGUGGCAAGGUGUACAAUGUGUUAAAAGGUAUGCCCAACCUUACUAUAGAGGAGAGACUACUAACCACCAAAAGCUGUACAAACGAAUAA